AUGACCAUCACAGAGAAGAUAAAAGACGCCGUUGGCAUCAGCCAUGACUCUACUCCCACAGCACCCGCAACCAGAGAGCAGAUGUCGGAAGCCCGAUUACCAUUGGCGUAUCGGGACAGCUGUGCACAUCUCCUAAUUCCGCUAAACAAAUGCCGAUACGACAAUUACUACCUUCCGUGGCGAUGCGAGGACGAACGACACGGAUACGAGAAAUGCCAGUAUGAAGAGUUCAAGAAGCGGGUUGCGAAGAUGGACGAGCUCAGGAAGGAGAAAGGGGGCGCGAGAAGUAACUAA